CCCAGACUACACGCUUGGAAGCAUCGGCACAGCACACAACAUCACGAGCUCAAACGCUUCUCGACAUUCAGCUUGAAACAGCACACUUGGAAGAGUUCGUAUUUAAACGCUCACUACUGUUCAAGUGUGAACAUGUCUAAAGUCCAAAUGCUGAGAUCGUUGUUGAAGCAGCGACUAACUGCGGCUGAUGGAGAGAUAUUUGGGCUGUUUGAAAGAACGAUAGCAGAGUACGAGGAGGAACUUUGUCGAUCAAAAGAGGAGAACGAGCGACAACGGAAACUACUGGACGCUGUUUUCAACCCUCAGCUUCGGUUACACAGAGCAGACGUCCAGCAGCUGUUAGUGGUUAAAGAAGAGGUUCCCCCUGAGCAGCAGGAGUGGAGCUCCAGUGUGGACCAGGAGGACCCAGAGCCUCCACACAUGAAAGAGGACCAGGAGGACCCAGAGCCUCCACACAUUAAAGAGGACCAGGAGGACCCAGAGCCUCCACACAUUAAAGAGGACCAGGAGGACCCAGAGCCUCCACACAUUAAAGAGGAACAGGAGGACCCAGAGCCUCCACUCAUUAAAGAGGACCAGGAGGACCCAGAGCCUCCACACAUUAAAGAGGACCAGGAGGACCCAGAGGCUCCACACAUUAAAGAGGACCAGGAGGACCCAGAGCCUCCACACAUUAAAGAGGACCAGGAGGACCCAGAGGCUCCACACAUUAAAGAGGAACAGGAGGACCCAGAGCCUCCACACAUUAAAGAGGACCAGGAGGACCCAGAGGCUCCACACAUUAAAGAGGACCCAGAGGCUCAACACAUUAAAGAGGACCAGGAGGACCCAGAGCCUCCGCACAUUAAAGAGGACCCAGAGGCUCAACACAUUAAAGAGGACCAGGAGGACCCAGAGCCUCCACACAUUAAAGAGGAAGAGGAGUUCACAUUCACUCCUGUCCCUGUGAAGAGUGAAGAUGAUGAAGAGAAACCUCAGUCCUCACAGCUUCAUCAAAGACACACUGAACAUAUGGAAACUGGAGCUGAUGGAGAGGACUGUGGAGGACCAGAACCAGCCAAGAACUCAGAUCCAGAUACACAUUUACAACCUGAGACUGAUGACAGUGAUGAUGAUGAUGAUUGGACAGAGACCAGAGAACCUCAGUCAGGCUUAAAGUCUCUUAGAAAUGAUGAAGACCCUGUCAGUGACUUGGAAUAUAGUGUUGAUGAGAAACCAUUUAGCUGCUCUGAGUGUGGGAAAAAAUAUAAUCACAGUUCAACACUGAGGAUACACAUGAGAACUCAUACGGGAGAAAGACCAUUUAGCUGCUCUGUGUGUGGGAAAAGAUUUUGUAGAAGUGGAGAGAUGAGGACACACAUGAGAACUCAUACAGGAGAAAGACCAUUUAGCUGCUCUGAGUGUGGGAAAGGAUUUUGUAGAAGUGGAGAGGUGAGGACACACAUGAGAACUCAUACAGGAGAAAGACCAUUUAGCUGCUCUGAGUGUGGGAAAGGAUUUUCUCUGUCAGGUUCUCUGAAGAGACACAUGAGAACUCAUACAGGAGAAAGACCAUUUAGCUGCUCUGAGUGUGGGAAAAGAUUUCCUCAAAAAACUACUUUGAAGAAUCACAUAAGAACUCACACAGGAGAAAAGCCAUUAAGCUGCUCUGAGUGUGGGCAAAGAUUUUCUCGAAAAGAUAAUCUGAAGAUUCACAUGAGAACUCACACAGGAGAAAAAACAUUUAGCUCCUCUGAGUGUGGGAAAAGAUUUCCUCGAAGUGGAGAUGUGAGGACACACAUGAGAUUUCAUUCAGGACAAAAACCAUUUAGCUGUUCUGAGUGUGGGAAAAGUAUUUCUCGAAGUGGAGAUGUGAGGAGACACAUGAGAGUUCAUACAGGAGAAAGACCAUUUAGCUGCUCUGAGUGCGGGAAAGGAUUUUUUAAGUCAGAUGCUCUGAAAGGACACAUGAGAACUCAUACAGGAGAAAGACCAUUUAGUUGCUCUGAGUGUGGGAAACUAUUUUCUCUGGCAUGUGCUCUGAAGACACACAUGAGAACUCAUACAGGAGAAAAACCAUUUGGCUGCUCUGAGUGUGGGAAAAGAUUUCCUCGAAGUGGAGAUGUGAGGAGACACAUGAGAACUCAUACAGGAGAAAAGCCAUUUAGUUGCUCUGAUUGCGGGAAAGGAUUUUCUCUGAUAGGUGCUCUGAAGAGACACAUGAGAACUCAUACAGGAGAAAGACCAUUUAGUUGCUCUGAGUGUGGGAAACGAUUUUCUCAUGCAGGUUCUCUGAAGGAACACAUGAGAACUCAUACAGGAGAAAAACCAUUCAGCUGCUCUGAGUGUGGGAAAAGAUAUUCUCACCCAAAUACUCUGUAGUUACACAUGAGAUCUCAUACAGGGGUUUGGAAAGAUAUUCCUGCGCAAAGAAAACUUAGUUAGUCACGUGACAGUCCACACAGAAGAGAAACCUCUCAGCUGCCAUGUUUGUGACCAGAGAUUCACUUGGCCUCAUCAACUUAGAAACCAUCAGUGUGUUGGGUGUCAGUCCUCACAGACCCAUCAAAGUCAAAACUGAGGAGAACAGAGAGGCAGAGCCUCCAGCCAGCAGCUCAGCUGAACAGAUGGAAACAGAGGCUGAUGGAGAGAAACAGCCAGGAACUCAGAUCCAGACACACAUUUACAACCUGAGACUGAUGACCAGACUGGAGAGUCUUCUGAACCUGAGACUGAACACUGAUGAUGAAUGGACAGAGACCAGAUAAUCUCAGUCAUGUUUUUGCUGUGAACUUGUAACUUCCUGUCAGUUGUUAGCAGUUAGCAGAAGGUUAAACUGUUAAUGCGAUGCCUUUUAAAUGUCAGUAUUUUUUCACUGUAAGCUGGUAACAAACUUACGCCUUUCCAGUUCAUGUAUUUAUAGUAUUUGCCAGUCGCAUUGGAGCUCCAUGGUCACAAAAUGCGACUGCGAGUCACAGUUUGGAUCUCUCCUGGGUACACUAUCGUUUAACUCAUUAAGUUAAACUCUUACAGCUUCAGUGCUAAACAUGAAUGAUUUAUUCAUAAUGAUAGCAGAGUACGAGGAGGAACUUUGAUGAAAA